AUGAAACUAAUCUUUGCGAUUGCUUUGGUGUGUCUUGGCGCGUCCCUCUCCGAAGCCGGGCGCCCCGCUUCGACCGAGGUCGUGCAAAAGCUGAAGGCUAUCGAACCAAUCUACAAGAAUCUGCAAGAUAACAUCGUUAAUGCAGUGGCCGGGGCAAAGCUGAAUACAGCUUCCAAAACAGACUCCUUCUACCAGGCCAUUAUCGACAAUAAGGAGGCAUCGUUGAAGCAGUCGAUUCAACUCGAGGACUCUUUUUCCUACCAGCUGAACAAGCAGGCUCCGUCAACUGACUCCAGCUGUUUGGGAUUCCUUCGGACACUUAUGGAAAACAACAUGUUUGUGGCCGGUGUCGGUUAUACGAACUGUGUGAACACCGUCGAAGCUGGGGUAAAAGAGGAGCUAGACAAAGUGUACCAACUGCUGCAGGUCGAUGAGUCGGAGCUGUUCGAUCUGAGCCUGUUGGAUGUUUUCCGCGGUGAGAACAUCAUUGCCGAUCCAGUCAAAAUUAUCGCCAAAUUGAACGAGAAGGAAGCGGAGAUCAAUGGCAUUUCGGUGAGUUUUGUGGCCGACAUCAAUGCCGCUGUGGAUGGAUACGCCUCUCGUUUGAGUGCUUUGGAGAAUUCGUACAAGUCGUGCGUGCUUUCGAACGAGUCCCUUCUUAAGCAGGCGUUCGAGUCGUCGAAGAUGCAGCUAACGCAGAUCUGUCUGGGAUCUAUUGUUUAGGAGCAAAUAUGUAUGACCCGUUUGCAGUACCAUAUCUGGAUGGUAGCUCUAAAUGGUACAAGAAAAUAAAAUGUAA